AUGUGGGAGGAAGUGUACACCGGCGCCUGCGCCGACUCGGGCGUAAACCCCCGCAACGAGGUGCUCGCAGUGGAGGCCGGCAGCGUGCAGCUAUGCGGCAACACGUUCGAGCGUUUCAAUGAACGCGUCACCGACGCCGAGGUGGUGGCGCUUUCCGAGGCCUGCGCACGGCUUCCGCUCGUGUCGGAGCUGCACCUUGCGUACAACAACGUGUCGCUGCGUGGUGCCACCGCGCUGGCCGACGCCAUGCAGAAGGGGUUUAGUAGUUUGCAGUACCUCGAUGUCUCCUACAACGCGCUUGACGCGGAAGGCGCGAAUGCCAUCUGUGUCGCUGCUGCAGCGCAUCCUUUGCUCAGCACGCUGCUGCUGCGCGGCAACCCGAUCGGGGGAAACUGCGGGCCGUGUAUGCAGCAGAUGCUGGAGCGCAGUACCGCCCUCACGACGCUCGAUCUCGAGGGUACCGACCAGGAUAUGAAGUCGCUUGUGUGCAUCGCGCGGGGACUCGUGCAGAACAAGACACUGGCGUCGCUGAACUUGGGGAGGCCGCUCAUUAGCAACCCCGACGACGUUGCGUACGUGGUGCGUCACCUCAUGCUCGCCCUGAGGGAGAACAAGACACUGCAAAACCUGGGCCUGAGCCACUUCAACAUGACAGAUGAGGAUCUCGACCUGCUGCUGUCCACGCUCCGCGACUCGGCGGUGGUGUGCCUCUCGCUGAAGGGCAACAAACUCUCGCAAAGCUCCGGCGCGGCGCUGGCCCAGCUUCUGGAGCAGCGGCCCGACUUUGCGGCGCUCGACGUGACGGCCAACCGCCUGCGCGAUGUGGGCGCAGCUUCCCUUGCGGCGGCGGUUGCGGCGCACAACGGGCUACACGCGCUACACAUCGGCAACAACACCAUCGGCGGCCGCGGCAUCAGCGCCAUCGCCGAGGCGGUGACGGCAAACACGUCGCUCACCUCGCUGCGUCUCUGGGGAAAUGACUUCUCCGACGAGUCCGUCGCCGACUUGUAUGUAGUGCGUGAGAAGAUUGAGUCCAUGGCGGACGUCGACUUUAGUUUUUACGUUGUGGACGGCACCCCGAUGUUAGCCCGUGAGUGA